UCACUAGGUUGGAUUUUUGAUAUCACACCUACUUGUCUUCUCUGCAAAAGGCUACAAGCGUUACUUAAUUUCAACUCAGUCAAUAAUAAACUUCUUGGUUCUGCAAACCAAUUCUUUACAUGUUCCCCUCUCAAGUCAAAAUAUUCACUUGAAAUGAGAUAAACCUCAAUAAACCAUUAAAAGAUUGCAUGUUACUAAAACUUUGAUCCACAAAGUGUUAUCCCACCACUCGAUAUCAUUAUAUUUCUUUCUGAUCUCCACUCUGAAUCAUUAGAUUGACCACUAUUGAUCAAAUUAAACAUGGGCCAACCUUCUUAUAUAAAAUGUCUAUCGAUAUAUUUCUCCCACCAGUCACCACUACCUCUACUAGUAUAUAAACCAAUACCAUACAUACUCUUCCACCACCAAACGAACACCAUCAUCUCAACAUCAUUAUUCAUCACCAUAUUAUUCCCCUAAUUCUCACUCUCCAAUGGGUUUUUCCUUCUUCUUCUCGUCUUCUGCCGCAAGUUCUGAUCUCAAUCAGGACAAGAAAAGCAAACGCAGGCAGCAAAAGGAACAUGACAACAGCAGUAGCAACGAAGUCAAUGGCAAUGGCGCCGAGGCGGGGGGCGGCUUCAGGUACCUUGGCGUGCGCCGUCGGCCCUGGGGACGGUACGCGGCAGAGAUACGCGACCCGGCGACAAAGGAACGGCACUGGUUGGGCACCUUCGACACGGCAGAGGAAGCGGCCGUGGCGUACGAUCGCGCCGCCCGCACCCUGCGGGGCGCACGCGCCAGGACCAACUUCGCCUACCCCGACCUUCCGCCGGGCUCCUCCGUCACCCCUUUCCUCUCGCCGGACCUCCAACCUCCACCAUCCUCCUUCCUCUUCUCCGAGCCGCCGGCCCCCGCUCUUCCGGAGUCCAUCCACCGCACGACUACCUUCCCCGCUCACGGAAAUCACGACGGGUACACUUCUUUCACGAGCAACGCGUCCAAUAACGACGGAGCAGCUCAUUACUACUACCAGCAGCAGCCAGAGGAGGGCUUCCAAUACACCAAUGCGACACGUCCGCCGUCUCCGCCGACGUUUCCAGCGGGGGUAUCAGCAUGGGAGUCAGGUGGCGCUCCGGUUGCCGCCGAGGAUGUGCUAACAGAGACAGGGACCGGGGGAUCAGAAACGUGGUGCGACGCCGGGGAGUUCAGCGGAUACGGCUCCCCAACCUCGCACGGGAUCUUCUUCGACGAAGGAUACGUGCACAGCCCCCUGUUUGGGCCAAUGCCGGCGGUGGAUGACGUCGCCUCCGACGGCUUCCAGCUCGGCAGCUCCUCUUACUACUACUGACGAGUGGGCAUACAAAGCUCGCCAUCUGCAAUCUGCAAUCUGCACUUCAAUUUGGGUUGCGCGCCCGACGGUGGACGUGGCGUUUUCCAUUUGUGUUUGGCCUGGUUCGGCUCCUGCUCUGCACUCCCUCCGGUGGCAAGUUGGGCUAUUUUAGAAGCGUCUCUUCUCCUUCAAGUUUACAAACUCCUUUCUUCCCUCCUUCAAGUUGGGCUUUGUACGUAUUGCUAUUCACUGUUCCUAGAGAGACUCCCUCUUUCUUCUGUGGCUAAAUGUAAGGGAGGUGGUUUCCCUUGUGCAAUGCAUUGAACAUUAUAUUUCGGAUAAAGCGAGCAUUCUCGACGAGUCCUGUGGGAAAUGGCUUUUUUGCUCAUGUGGUUCACUUCAAUGUCUCAAGCAGAUACAGCAGCCUUGGGCUUCCUUGUGCUGCUGGGCUUGGCCUUGGCCUUGGCCUUGGCCUUGACCUUGGUGGUCGAUUAUAGAUAGUAUCAGUCACUUGCUGGACCAUUGUUCACAUCAACUCCGAGUCUCUGGUUAAAGAAGAAGAGCACCACGGCUGUAGAAGAGAAUUCGAAUAGGAUCCUUUUUGGCGAUGGAGAAAAGAACGGUGGGUUGGGCAACGGGCUGAAGAAGAGCGUCGCUUUCAGAUUCCAAUGUCGCCCAUCGAGCUUAAGCAAUGCAGAGUGAGAUGGAAGGCAACUCUCGAAUCCUGGCAGAGUUGAGUUUUUGUCUAAAUGUGUCUGUAACGUUGCAUAAUUGAACAGAAAGGUUGCCUCUUGAUGAAAUUAACUAAGAUUUGAUACCAAUCUUGCCAUGAGAGAGGCUGUCAACAUCUCUGUCGGGUAUCAGAUCCUUUGCCUUUUGCCUUUGGCUUUGCCUUUGCCUUUGGCAUAGGUAGAAAGGUUCCUGAAGACGUCCUCUGCAGAAAUCCAGCUCGAGCGUCUCCUCCCCACCACCUUCGCUACAAAUAGGGCGUCGGAACUGCUCAAAUCUUCACCAUUCCAUAAUCUUCUCAAGUGCCUCGAAGAAAAGAACUAGGCGCGUGGCCAUGGCGAACCAACCGGUUGGACGCCCGUGGUUCCUCCGACUAGCUUCGCAAGCCCUUAUCGACCCGCCAGCUCCGCCGGCACAACCUCAGCCGGCGCAACCUCCCCCGGCGUCACCAGUUCGCCAAGCCUCACUGGCAUUUGGUCGAACAUCUUUGUUGCCUGCCCAAGCACCACCGCCACCACCUCCGUCGCCGGUGCCAACCCAGCCACAGGAGACACUACAGCCUACACAAACAACGAACGCUGCGGCCCCUUCACCGCCUGAGGUCCCGAAACCAGCGACGACUCCAAUGCUGCAACGCGUGGCGUCACCGAGGCCUGUGACAGCGGCCCCGGUAGCAAACCCAUCCCCUCCGUCUCGGGCCGACGCCGCAAACUUUUCCCCGCCUGAGGUUCCGAGAUCAGCGCCGACGGCGACCCCAAUGCUGCAACGCCUGCCGUCGCCGAUACCUGUAACAGCGACAACCCGAUCCCCACCUCCUCCGCAAUCUCCCAAAGUGAUCAAUUCCUCUUCUGCGUCUCUGAUACCGCAUCCAGAGCCCGAUCCGAUCGCCGAAUCACAACCAAAGCAAACCAUCGAGCAAAACAGCUCAAACAAGAAUUCCGACAAGAAAAUCCCCUUUUUUCCCACCAAAGCAGAAGGAAAAAAUUCAGCGACCGCGAACGAGAACAGAUCGACAACCAAAAGCAAAGAUCAGGGGGAGACGAGAGCGAUUACCAUCGCAGGGCAAAACAUGGGGGCGUUCCUUGAUCUCUCCCCUUCCUACGGCCUUCAGCAUCAGAUCAGAAAGCAGCAGGUUCGUCCCACGGUCGGCGACACUUGGUUCAAGGACCUGAACAACGGAGCACACAAGGAAGGCAAGCCGGCAAAGGAAUCGAACAGCAACGACAACAAGAACAAGCAACAGCAGAAGCCGAUGAUCUCGCUGGUAAACAGCAAUGUGCAAAGCGUCAACAAUUCAUUGAUGCUCAAUGCUUCGUGCGACCAAGGAAGCCCCGGCGUGCACAUCAAGCUCACCAGGAA